CUCGCAUCUUCAAUGCGUUACAACCCCGUCUUUAUCUACUCACUGGUAAGAUGACUAUAACGCUCCAUGGAUCAAGAUUUUCUACAUGCACACAGAGGGUGAUGCUCGUAUUGGCAGAGCUGGACCUGUCCUAUCAACUGAUCGACAUAGACAUGGGAAAGGGCGAGCACAAGGCUCCCGAAUAUAUCCAAGGAUUUCAUCCUUUUGGCAAAGUGCCAGCCCUCGUGGAUGGACCUAUGCAAAUAUUUGAGUCCAGAGCUAUUUGCAGAUACCUCCUGGCCAAGUACGCAUCUGCCGGUUCAUCGCUCUUGUUAUUCGCUAGUAGUGCAGACUACCUAGCUACAUUUGAACAAGCUGCAUCUAUCGAGUAUUCGUACUUUGAGCCUAGCAUCUCGAUACUGGCCUAUGAGAUGAUGUUCAAGAGGAUGAUGGGCCGCGGAGAACCUGAUAUUGCUGUGGUGAAUUCCUCCAAGUCCAAGUUCGAGGAGGCUUUGGAUUACUACGAUAGAGUCCUGCAAAAGCAGACUUACCUUACGGGCAACGAAGCUUCCCUGGUAGACAUGUUCCAUAUCCCAUGGCUUGAACUGGUCCCGCGUCUUAACAUGGAGGGUAUGAUCUUGACCCGACCGAAUGUUAGAGUUUGGUGGGACAGGCUGCAGCGGAGGCCUGCGUGGGGAAAGGUGUUGCGCGAUUGUGCUCUUGAGAAUGGACCAUAGAUGCAACUUAGAUGCCUUGAUCUGACUGUUAUGCUGACCUUGGAAAUUCAUCCUAUGCGUAUACCGUAGGCUCUAUGCGCAGACCAUUUAAUCCUGUUGAUAUACAUGUAUUGACCGAAGGGCCGAACGGAAGCGGAGCGGGGC